UGAAGUUUUCUAAAUGCCACAAUGUAAAAGGGAGCGAUUGCAUGUACAGUCUUGUCAGGUGUGAACUAUGAUUUGGCAUUGCAUUGGCCAACUAGAGAUUGGAAAAGUUGAUUUUGUUUACAGUGUUUGCAGUGAUGAUGCUGGCUGAAGGUUUCUAGGACUUGUGGUUCAAAAAGUAACUAUUCCAACCUCUGAUCAUAAUCAUUUCCCUAUCUUUCAGCCUGUUCUUGAAAAGAUGGGACACACAAGUACUGAUAUAUUGAAAAAGAUGACUAAUGAUGCUUUCUGUCCUUUUUAUUCCAAAGAAGAAGUGAGAAACUUUGUAUUCUUUGCAACUUUGACUUGGCAUACAAUGGGUGAGUUUUUAUUAGCGGCUAAACUCUUUGGUCAAAAGAAACCUUAUAAUAAGAUAGUAAUAAUAAAUCAAAUAGUGGAUUGGGAAGCAAGGAAUUUUAACUGUGGAAAAGAGAUAACUAUGUGUAGAUGUGCAAUAAUAUCAGUGUGCAGCAUAGGCUGCUGGGAUAGUAUUCCUGAGUAUUCUGCCUUAAGAUCCAUCCAUGAAAUGCACGCACAACUUGUGACCACAUUGUCUUGAAAACAUCUUCCUUCUCUUCCCUUUCCCAGAAAUCCAAAUCAGUAUUACCAUUUGCUUUAUUUAGUUCAAAUUCAUACACCAUGUUUUCACAUCAUAUUGAUUAGCAUGGAUUAUAACAGAGAUACAAAUAACUGAAAAUAUAAACUAAUGAGAAAAAAGUGGUAGCUGUGAAAAUUCCAAUUCUGGUUCCAAGUAUUUAUAUUAUACAUGCCCAAUCUGGAUGAAUAGAGCUAUUUGAAUUUGGAUGGAGGGCAGAGCUAUGGGAACCUUGACUGUGAGCAUCUAUAUGUCAGAAUUUAUCACUACAUAAAUACAUGCAUGUACUGGUUUUCUCUCUCAACAGUUUUCAGCUUCUCUGAGCUCCAUGGCUUCUCUGUCCAGGGAAGCACCCAAGGAAAUAAUGUCUCUCCUCUGCAUGAUGCAUUUUCUGUUAUAGAUUCUUCUGAUUGUGAUUACUCUAUGUGCAUGUUACAUCCAGAUUGGCAAGAUAAUCUAAUGUGCUACUAUGAGGAAGAUGAUGAUUUACUGUAUUGUUCUUGGUUAGCGCUCCCCCAGACAUUUCUAUAUACUGUGGUUUUCAAAUGGAAUAGUGUUUGUGAAAAGAUGGAAACGACCAUAUCGUCUAUCGAAAGAAGUUGGCUGUAUUUUCAUUCACAAGAAAAUCUGACUGUAUUGGUCGCCAGCAAUUAUUCCCAGGAGAACUGCAGGACAACAAAGAAAAUGUCCUUUAUACCCAGUAAAACAAAAAAGUGUCCUUCACCUUCUAUGAUAACAGCAUAUCAGUCAUUCAGUGAAUUAAUAAUUAUAUGGGAUUCACCAGAAGAUAUACUGCAAUAUGAAUUACAGUACAAGGAAGUAAAACUAGCAACUUCAAACUGGACAUCGAUUCCUGUUGUGAGUGGAGCUUUUAAUGCAACUGUCUCCAGUGUAAAAUUAUCAUCAUCUUAUGUUGCUAGGCUCAGAUGUGUGCCCAAAGUCGAAAGUUGUUCUAUUUGUGUUUGGAGUGAAGAGAUUUCUAUCCCACAUAAGCUUACUGAAAAGCCAAUCAUUUUAGAAGACACCGUUAAAAUGAUCACACAAGGAAAGAGAAGCAUCUUCCUAAAAUGGAUGAUAACACAAAACAGGAAUACCAUGGGAUAUCACAUAAGCAUCAGAAGAAUACCCAGCUAUUGCACCGAACGAACAUCCCUCAACAUAACAGAGAAUUGGCUAUAUCUGAAUCUUUCCAUGGCUUAUUACAGAAUAAACAUCUCUGCCUAUAAUGAAGCAGGAGAAUCCCCUGCAGUUACGUAUCUGGUUCCAGAAUUCACUAAAGCAGAUUUACCUGGCCAGAUCAAUGUCUCAAAUCAUCAAAAUCAUACGGUUGUUUCAUGGAAUCUAAAAUACACUCUAAAGCGCAUUGUGAUUGACUGGGGGAUAGGAAUUGAAAACAUGGACUUAGUAGUAAUAUCAGGACGUAUGAAAAAGGAAACACUAGGUCAACUCCAACCAUAUCAGUUAUACAAAGUAAUGUUGCAUGCAUUUCAUGGUCCAUGUGAGGAUUUCCUGAAGAAUGAAUGGACAUUUGGCAUGACAUACUUCUAUGCGGUGGAAGGAGUUCCCAGGACAGGUCCAAGUAAUGUGACAAUUCCAGUUGUCACGAAGCAUUCAGCUCUUGUGAAAUGGACAGAGAUACCUGCAGAAGAGAGCUUGGGAUUCCUUCAGGCUUACAGAAUUCACUGCAUAGAAAUCCCGAAAAAUGUCUCUUUGACUAUGGUUGUCAAUUCUUCAACAAAACAAUACCUCUUGACAGAACUUAAUGCAAAAACUGUUUACAGAGUACAUAUCUCAGGAAUCACAAGUAAGGGAGAAGGAGCUCACAGCCGGACACAACACUUUACGACACUUAAAUACGAUGAAGGGGAAUUUGAAAGAAUGCUUGCUGGCCUUUUUCUUGGUACCAUCGUAAUCAUCACACUCUUUUUCAUCAUACUUUAUGCCUUAGUAUAUAAAAGAUCUAGAAAAAUGUGUUGGCCAGUUGUACCAAAUCCACGAUACAGCAGUGCUAUACAGAAUAUGGAAAGAACCUUUCCAAUGGCUCUCCUUGGACCUGAUUUACAGCAGUUGCUUUCAUCUCAACCAUGUAACAGAGAGAACAAAAUUUAUGUGGAAAAAAACCAUUCCCUUAGAAGGCAGGGUUACCCUUCAGUGGACACAGCUACAGGGGAGGUUUUGGCAGAUCAAUCUGAAGUGGUUGAAAUGAAAAACCUGGAACCUAAUCUAUCUCAUUUGAACAAAUCUGAUGAAAUAAAUUCCAGGAAAAAAGGACAUGGUGCCCUUCUCACUGACUAUGUUGGAGUGGCUCUUAGUCACAAAGCCAUGCAGAAGUUCUCAGAAAGUCUUUCCACAAGAGAAAUCCACCAUUUGCCCAGUAAUUUGGGAAGAAUCGCACAACCAGCAGCAUAUGCUCCUCAGGGUUUCAUGAAACGGUUAAGAGGUGAUGAGGACAGUAACACUAUCCUCAAGAAUCAAGCUGAAGUUGGAUCAGAAUCUUCUUAAGAGGUAAUCAGAUAUAAGUAGCAGUAAUAUAGCUCACCUAAAGUUUUCUAAGCUAGACUAGUAUCUCUACAUUGUGAUGUAUCAAUGCAAACUUAAAAUACCCAUAUUAUCAUCAUUGGUGAUUGCUCGUGGCGGAGUAAGAUUGCCUUCCAGAAGCAGAAUCUUGGCAGUGGAUCUGUAAAUGACUGUGAAUACCUCUUCUGGAUCCGCAUGGUCUUUCACAAUAAGGACAUAGAUUUCCAGGUGGAAGGUGGACACAAGGGUUUGCUAGAAGCACCUUCCUCUUGGCACGUUUCCCUCACUUGCCCUGUAUCCGCCCUCUAUACUCAUAAACCAGGAAGAGACUGUCUCCCAAGCAAGUAACAAUAACCAACUUUCCAAAGCAUUCCUUCAAGAAGUGAAUAAAAAUGAUUUCCCUCUAAAAUACUUAAUUUUAUUAGUGAUGUACCAAAGAUAACAUGUAUACAAUCUUUGCUCUAUGCUACUUACACAUCAUAAAUAUGACAGUUGCUGUUCCAACACAGUCUUUCACAGUCUUUCAAGAAGCAUUUGAGAUUUGUCGUCACUUUAUUACCAGAAGAAACUGCAUGUGGCCAAACAUCACAAAAAUUACUGUCCAUACUUUACAUGGUAAAGCAUUCAUUAUAAUUUUCAUGUACACAGAGGCCAAAAAGAAAAAAUAUGGGUGACAGCCUUUAGACAACAGAAAAAUUAUGGGCAAUAAAGCAAUGUCACAAUCAAUAGUUUUAAUCACUUUGCAUGUUUUCCUCUAAUUGUUUUCCAUUUACCACAAAAUAUUCACGUGUUGACUAAGCAGCAAUUUUGAAAACACGCCUUGAAAGCUAAUACUUAUUUGGCUUUUCUGUAUGUUUUUUCCCAUGAGGUAAGGCAAUUUGAUUGUUUUAUAUCAUGUUUAAAAGGUUCCUGAUUUCAGUGUAACCAUGUUUUAAAGUGUACACUUCUGUUAUCAGUCUUAUACUAUAUUCCAAAAAUUAGGUAACUGUCUCUGUAAUUGUUUUUCAAUGAGAACUUGCUUUCUACUCAUGUCUUCUUAUACAGCUCACAUCAGAAAUGAACGUUUGAGGAUAUCCAAAAGGACAUUUUUGAUUUCAAUGUUAGACAUUCAGCCCAUAAUAAUAGGAAGUGCUUUUAUUCAGAACUAUUUGAUUCAUACUUGCUAUAAGGUCCACUAACUUAGGGACUAACUGGGCUGUAAGAUGAUUUUAUCAGUGAUUUCAGCCAUGAAACCUAGUUCAUUUAAAGAGAUCUUCAACCUGUUACCAAAUAAAAAGAUGACAUGACCAACAGAUCUCUAAAACUUUUGUCUCCUAUUGUGAUGGAACUAUCCAGAAGAUCAAGCAUUCAACAAACCGGGAAUUAAAAAGCACUAGGUACUACUAUUCUAUGUUUCAAAGAAGGCACUAACACAUCCGCUUGUGCUCCCAUGUUCCAUUUCAAAAGAAA